AUGGCUCUCCAAUGGCUGAUCCUGUCGUAUGUCGUGGCCGCCGAAGUUGUAAUCGCCCUGGUGUUAACUCUUCCUUACCCUAUGCUUGUGAAGAAACGUGUCGUAUCACUCGUCUCUCUCAUUCUCCAACCCGCUGCAUCCAUCGUCGCCUUCGCCGGAUUUCAGCUUCUCGAUAUUUACUGGAAAGCUGAGCAUAGACUCUCUUGCUCAUCUGAGGUAUGCACUGCUACAGAACGGGAUCGCUACGAGAAAUCUAUCUACAAGGCUCAGAGGAAUGUGGUUCUGUGCACUGGAGCAGUUCUUCUUUACUGGUGCAUCUACCGCAUUUGCAAGUACAACAAGGACCUGGAGGUUUUGGAAGAAGCAGAGAAGAGAUACAAAGAAGAGUAA